UCCCUUGUCCUGUGUUGUGUAAUGCCCCCGUUAUGGCAGUAGAAAUAUUUUUUAUUAGCCGAAGCUAAAUAUAGUGGGACUUUGGCUGAUCCCGAGCUCGGAGGACUGCCGGGGUGAUUCGUUUCCCCCCGAGGAUCGAGGUGGUGCGCUCUGGACGGGGUUGUGCAUUCUAGCCGCGCCCGGGCGGACGAUACAGCGAACAGCCCCGCUGCUAGCCCGAGAUGCUGUUGCCCGCGCCCGCGCUCCGCCGCGCCCUGCUGUCCCGCCCCUGGACCGGGGCCGGGCUGCGGUGGAAGCACACCUCCUCCCUGAAGGUGGCCAACGAGCCCGUCUUAGCCUUCACCCAGGGCAGCCCUGAGCGAGAUGCCCUGCAAAAGGCCUUGAAGGACCUGAAGGGCCGGACGGAAGCCAUCCCAUGCAUGGUGGGGGAUGAGGAGGUGUGGACGUCGGACGUGCAGUACCAAGUGUCGCCUUUUAACCAUGGACAUAAGGUGGCCAAGUUCUGUUAUGCAGACAAGAGCCUGCUCAACAAAGCCAUUGAGGCUGCCCUGGCUGCCCGGAAAGAGUGGGACCUGAAGCCUAUUGCAGACCGGGCCCAGAUCUUCCUGAAGGCGGCAGACAUGCUGAGUGGGCCGCGCAGGGCUGAGAUCCUCGCCAAGACCAUGGUGGGACAGGGUAAGACCGUGAUCCAAGCGGAGAUUGACGCUGCAGCCGAACUCAUCGACUUCUUCCGGUUCAAUGCCAAGUAUGCGGUGGAGCUGGAGGGGCAGCAGCCCAUCAGCGUGCCCCCGAGCACCAACAGCACGGUGUACCGGGGUCUGGAGGGCUUCGUGGCGGCCAUCUCGCCCUUUAACUUCACUGCAAUUGGCGGCAACCUGGCAGGGACACCGGCCCUGAUGGGCAACGUGGUCCUAUGGAAGCCCAGUGACACUGCCAUGCUGGCCAGCUAUGCUGUCUACCGCAUCCUUCGGGAGGCCGGCCUGCCCCCCAACAUCAUCCAGUUUGUGCCAGCUGAUGGGCCCCUAUUUGGGGACACUGUCACCAGCUCAGAGCACCUCUGUGGCAUCAACUUCACAGGCAGUGUGCCAGUCAUUGCAAGGAUUAAACAUGUUAAUGAACAGGAAAGAGCUUCGCAGACUGGAAGUGCACCCUACAGCUGUGGCACCUUCAAAUACCUGUGGAAGCAGGUGGCCCAGAACCUGGACCGGUUCCGCACCUUCCCACGCCUGGCUGGAGAGUGCGGCGGAAAGAACUUCCACUUCGUGCACCGCUCGGCCGACGUGGAGAGCGUGGUGAGCGGGACCCUCCGCUCAGCCUUCGAGUACGGUGGCCAGAAGUGUUCCGCCUGCUCGCGUCUCUACGUGCCGCACUCGCUGUGGCCGCAGAUCAAAGGGCGGCUGCUGGAGGAGCACAGUCGGAUCAAAGUGGGCGACCCUGCAGAGGAUUUUGGGACCUUCUUCUCUGCAGUGAUUGAUGCCAAGUCCUUUGCCCGUAUCAAGAAGUGGCUGGAGCACGCGCGCUCCUCACCCAGCCUCACCAUCCUGGCCGGGGGCAAGUGUGAUGACUCCGUGGGCUACUUUGUGGAGCCCUGCAUCGUGGAGAGCAAGGACCCUCAGGAGCCCAUCAUGAAGGAGGAGAUCUUUGGGCCUGUACUGUCUGUGUACGUCUACCCGGACGACAAGUACAAGGAGACGCUGCAGCUGGUUGACAGCACCACCAGCUAUGGCCUCACGGGGGCAGUGUUCUCCCAGGAUAAGGACGUCGUGCAGGAGGCCACAAAGGUGCUGAGGAAUGCUGCCGGCAACUUCUACAUCAACGACAAGUCCACUGGCUCGAUAGUGGGCCAGCAGCCCUUUGGGGGGGCCCGAGCCUCUGGAACCAAUGACAAGCCAGGGGGCCCAUACUACAUCCUGCGCUGGACGUCGCCGCAGGUCAUCAAGGAGACACAUAAGCCCCUGGGGGACUGGAGCUACGCGUACAUGCAGUGAGCCCCUCUCGGGCUCCACCGUCCAGCUGUCUGUCCGUCCAGGUGGCCGACCUCACUGCACAGACCCCACUCCAGCCCCUCCAUCCCUUCUUCAUGCACAGCUGCCUUUCUAUAAUCCGGGCUUGACUCCCUUCUUACCACUGUAUUCUGGCCUCUCCCACGCCUCAGGCUCUGGUUUGAGAUCGUGCUGGGGAGGAACAUGGCCACUACCCCUUAUCCCAUCGGCCAUGUGGGAGGUAUGACCCUGGUGCCCGGCAGGUUCUCCCUCUCCCCUCCACUGGGCCCAGUGGCUCAGGGACCUGGGGAAAGGAGAUGGAGUAGCUCUUGGGAUCCUUUGGGGAAAAGGAGGCCAUUCUGGGCCCCUUGGCAAACCUCAGCACUCACAGAGGCUCCUGGCCUUGAUCCCUGCCCCUCCAGGUGUCCAGGGUAAAGUGUAACUCAGACUGACCUGUGGGGCACAGGGGGCACCAGCUGGCCUUGCCCUCUCUGGUCUGGGCUGUCUACCUUUGUCACUGUAUCUUUGCCCAGACCCACCUGGGCCAGUAGGCCCCUGUCCCCAGCCACACACCUUAGAUGCUGGCAUGCCUUACUCCAGGUGCCUGUGUUUGGCCGAGGCCUGUGUGAUUCCCGGUCUGCACCACAUGGCGGGGUUGGGGGGCCGCUGGAGGCCACCUGCCAAGGCGUGGGAUGGGAUGGUCCUGCCGGUUUAGGCUAUGAUUCUGGAAAACCCUGGAUGGGCCUUCGUCCUAUGUCAGCCUUCCCUCUGAUCCUCAGGCCCUACCUGUAGAGACCUCCACUCCUAGAGCCAGUCUCAGGGUCUGGGAUUUCCCUGCAGGAGCUCAGCCACCACUGUGCCAUGGUGACACAGGCCAAGGCAGACAUUGCCCCUCCCUUCUCCCAGCCCCCAGAGGCCUGGCCUUGGGUUCGUCAGCGUGGGCCGAGGACGUUGCCUGUAGAAUCCUCCUCUGCGUGGGAGUGGCUCUGUGUGGACCAGUCCCUCACUGGCCCAUUCUUUUUUUGACGCAGCCAAUCUGUGACCACGAUUCCUCCCACAGAUGCCUCCUGCUUGGAUUCUGAGUGGUCAGGGAUCCAUAAAGCAUGACUUUCAAGGAUGGUUCUUAGGGGACUGUGAAAGUCUUGGGUCUUCCUCCAGGAUGCCUGCAUGGGACCCCACCCGGAGCUGGUGUGGCCAUUCCCCAAGUGCCACUGGCCCAUGGAUGGGGGUGGGUGCUGGUGCCAGCUGGGCUGGGUGUGGGUUCUGUGUCCUUCCAGGAUCUGUGUCAUUUCCCAUGAGGGGCCAGGGCAGGUGGCUGGGGGGGGGGGCACGGGCUGGAGUAUUCUCAGUUCUACUGGUUCUACACUGUGAGGUGGCAAUGGGAUUUGCUCAGAUGCCACCCAAUAAAAUGCCUGUUACUUAA